CAGACUCUAUGAAUGGUUCAACACUUUGUUGAGUCUAUUGUUUUUGUUGACAACUCUUUUGAAUGACUGAAGAAGUGACCAAAAAAACUCUUUAUUAAUCACUUGUAGUCAUCAUAUGAUAUAUAUUACAAACAAAUCAAAUUGAUAUUUGUUGAGUAGUUUUUGCACAACAAAGAAGAAUAAUAUCUGGCAAUCAUGUCGUUAGCACUUCCCGAAGGUUGGACACGACAAGAGUUAAUGCGGAAGAAUGGUUUGUCGGCCGGAAAAAUCGAUAUUUUUUAUUAUAGCCCGUCGGGUCGUAAAUUCCGAACAAAGCCUCAAUUGGCCCGUUAUUUGGGCGAUUCGGUAGACUUGACCACAUUUGACUACCGAACCGGUAAAAUCAAUUCAUCGCUGAUGAGAAAAAACAAGAGAUCCAAAUCGGGUCUUAUGGGUUACGAUUACACGAAGAAUAUGCGUAACGAUUCGUCACUGAUUCCACCCAUACGUCAGACGGCGUCCAUAUUUAAACAGCCGGUAACUGUCAUUAAGUCACAGCCGGAUAGUCGGGUCAAGAGUGACCUUAAACACGGCCAACAAAACGAAAAGCCGAAACAAUUGUUUUGGGAAAAGAGACUCGAAAAACUUGAUGUCGAGCGCGAAGAGUUGGACAACUUUGAGCUGCCCAUCAAUAUGAAGCCCGUCGGCCCUCAUAUGACAAAAGAUACUUUACUCAGGAGUAUUGCUACCGCUCUUCACAUACACACUCAGCCAAUCACUGGCCAAAUGAGUGCUAAAGAGAAGCUCGAGAAGGAACCGGCUGUCUAUCUAAAUCCCGAACAACCAUUGGUCCACACAAUGAUCAUCAAUGAUGACGACAUUAAGCGACAAGAACUUAGAGUUCAAAGUGUUCGCCAAAAGCUGGAAAAGGCUUUAAAUGAAUGCGAAAUUUGAUUAAAAUGUUUAUUAUUAUUAUAUUAACAACUAUUAUCAUAAUUCGACUAUUAUUUAUAAAUUAAUUAA